GCGGUUAUCUACAGGAUUAUACAAGCGCGCGGCAGAUGUCGCAGUUCCCCACUUUCUCCGGGGUCGUGGAUACACGAAGCUUGAGAAAAAUACAGCCACAGCGGGACGUUGGGAGGGGUAUGAAAAAUAACGCCAAGUGCGGACAGCAGAUUCCGGGCCACGCGCUAGCACGUCCUACUCCUUUCUUCUUUAUAAGUGAUUUGUGCCUUCUUUUGUAGAACCAUAGUUAUCUCUUUCACUUCGUUUAUUUAACUUCACAAUGAGCACUGACACUAGACCAUUGCCGUUUGUUUACCAAUUCAUCUCCGGUGCCAUCGCCGGUGUCU